AUGCUGUCGAUCGUUUUUUCGAGGGCUAGAGUUCAGGGAGAGCUGUUAUCAGAGACCUUCACCUGCGCCCAGCGAACGGGGGAGCCCAUUGAGGAGGAUGUGGAGGCUCCCUACGUUUGCUGGAAAAAGUCCGCAUUUGGCACGGCUUUGGCGGUGGAAACUUCUAAGCGUCGCAUCAGGCCCAAAAUACCCAAGCGGGCGGCUCGUGACGAAGUCGGCGCCUCUCCAAGGUGGCAGGCUCCAGUGCUGGGUCACACCAUCUUGCUGCUGACCGGUUUCUGUAGCUGGGCCAUGAGCGGCGCGGCCAAUGAGGUGAAUCCAGCACAGGUUGGCUUGGCAGCCACAUCGUUCACCUUGGGCAAUGCUUGUGGCCUUGUUUUGGGUGGCGGCGCUCGGAUGGGACGCAGGCAGAUGGUGCUCACAGGACUGGUGGUGGCGAUUGGCUCCUCGCUCCUGCUGUUGGUUGCAUCAAGGUUUGAGACGCUGCUGUUGGCGCGCACUUGCCUUGGUCUGGCGGCCGGACUUUUCACUAUCGCAGUACCUGCAUUGCUUGCUGAAGGCCUUCCAAAGACGAAGGCAGAGGCCUAUUUGGCAACCUAUCCUUCGGGCUGGCCUAUCGGAGCGUUUGUUGCAAUCUUGACGGCUGGGAACCAUUGGCGAUGGGCCUUGGGCGUUGGUCCGUUGAUCGCCAGCUUGAUACUGCUCCCAUGUCUUCUUUGGCUACCAGAAUCACCACAGAAGGGGCGUCGCAAAGAAGCUGAACGAGCUUUGAAGAAGCUGGGCACCAAGGAGGAGCAAAUCGUGCACGCGGAUACAGGGAGCGCACCGACAGGAUCGCCCACAGGGGCAGGUAUCCCAUUCAAAAGGCUGGCCGCCACAUUGAUGUGUCGGCAUGCAGCUUCCAUCAUCGUGAAGAUGUGGCUGCCAGUCUAUUUGGGAACCCACGGGCAGGUUGGUUCAGCAGUGGCUGCCAUGCUUUUGAUGUACCUGCUGGAAGCCUUGGGUAUCCUCGUUACGGGCCGCCUUGUGGCUGGGGGUGGCAAUGACGUGUUGGCCAACGGGGCACGCUGGAGCUUGAUCGCAGGUGUUGUCGCAACUUUGGGCUGCCUUUUUUGCCAAGGCAGUGUGUUGGCAGCUGGUUUGCUAGGCGCCACCCACUUGAUAGCUUAA